GAGUUGGCGGGUUAUUUUCACUGAAUGGCUGAUAUUUUUAAUUCUUAUUUCAGAUAAGCCAUAUAGCAGAAACAACUGCAAUACAAGCAAAUGACUUUGCAACUUGGUGGAAUGACAUCGAGCAGAUACUUGUUCGACUUAGUUCUCCAACUUUGCAUAUUCAGCAAACAAUUGCCGGUUUCAAAGUUUGCCCUCUAGAUCCAGAGGAAGAGAAAAGGGUUCACGAAGAAAUGGGAAAAUGGAAUGACCCAGAGGCCGAUGUUGAUCGAUUGGAAAAUGCAAUGACAAAAGUAAACAAAAGGGUUUCUGACGUUGAGAAAGACGUGGAGGACAUCAAAAGACGACGACAAGAUGAAGGUGUCUCUUCCAUGCAGACAGAGGAGGAAAAAUAUCAAAAACGCAAGAAGGAGCUAAAAGAUGGUAUGUUUGAAUUCUACAAAGCAAGACACAGUAAAGUUUUCCUGUCGCCUCUUUUUGAAGAGAAAGACACUCCGUUUGCUUCUUUCUAUAUCAGACCAGAAUUGAGCUCAAUAGUCUCAACACCGACGAGAAAUGAUGCAAAAUUACCAGUUAAAUCAUUAUCGGAGAUGUUUAAUACUGAUAAUAAGCAAAAUAGAGAAAUUUAUGUGCUCGCUGAUGCUGGAAUCGGAAAAACUGCAUUUUCAAAGUAUUUGGCUAUCUUGUGGUGUCAAGCUCAUUGCCCAGACGAAGAUAUGUAUAAAUUAUUUUUAAAAGAUGAUAUAGACUGUAUGCAUGAAUUUGACUUUUUAUUCCUGGUCUUAUUGCGAGAUUCGGACGAUUUAUGCUCUAUAGAUGAUCUCAUAUUUGAAAAGAUUGUUUCAAAUUUGGGUCUAGAAGAAAAAUUUCCGGAAAACGUUCUGCUUAAAAUUUUGAAAAAUGAGAAAUGCCUAGUUAUACUUGAUGGACUAGAUGAAUGGACUCACCCCGACAAGAAAUGUUACAGAUCGCCACGAUCGAUCCCUCACAGGAAUGACCGAGAAAAGUGUACAGUCCUGACUACCACGCGACCAUGGAAAUUAGGUGUUUUGCAUCUUAAUUCGUAUCAAUUAGGUAAAAAGGUAGAACUUACAAAACUGUGUUAUAUCUCGGCAGUUACACUUGCAGAAAGAAUUUUACAAAGAUGGAAGUCUUACCCGAAUAAGGAUAUAUCAAAACUCGAAGUCAACCAGUUCUUACAAACAACCAGUAAGAGACAAAUCGACGAGCUUGUUUGUGUACCCCUACUUUUAAUAUAUAGAACUUGUUUAUGGUGUGAUGGUGUUCAAAUAGGAGAUUCAAAAUGUGAUCUCUAUAUAAAUAUAGUCGAGCUUCUUUUAUCGAGAACGAUUAAGAUCCAUGGGGAGCUUCAACAAUCCCAUGAACUUUCUUCCAGUGACAUCCCAGAAUGCUUUGCUGAAUAUGAUAACUGUACGAAAUACUAUCCACUUCUGAUGCAUUUAGGGAAAUUAGCUUAUUAUACGUUAUUUAGUGAAACAAGAGAAAACACUCUAGUAUUUGAUGGAUCAGUUGCUAGAAAACACCUGACACUAGACGAGACGAAAUUUACCUUUCACUCAGGAAUGUUGUCAGAAAGUACAUCUUACACAACAAGAAAAAAGUUUAGUAAAGUAUCGUUUUCCCAUAAAACAGUUCAGGAAUUCUUUGCUGCCAUAUUUAUAAGUUCUAACAGUGAUGCACAGAAAAUUGUUCUAGAAAAAUGUAGAAAUAUUCAAGACAUUCUGGGCAUGUCAAUGAUUUAUGAAUUUAUAAGUAAAAUGAAUUCUUACCGGAUGUGUGAAAUAUCAAAUGAUUUGAUGUCUGUGAUAAAUAAAGACGAGGAAACACGCGACUAUAGAACUAGGACAGGUGACGAGGACACGGACAAUAAUUCAUUGUAUAACAUACAGAAGUUGUUCAUGUGUUUCCAAGAAAUACCUGCAAGUGAAAAUAUUCAAUUAUGUUUACAAGAUUUGUUCAUUGACGAGUACACCGUGCACAGUAAGCAGUUACAACGUUUUUUAAAGCAAAAUAAUACCAACAUGAAAUCACUUUAUAUAAACACCAGACGUACUUCGAGCAGUUCACAUGGAAUUAUAGACCUAUUAUCUAUCAAAGAUCAGAGUCAUAUACAGAAAUUUUACUUUGAUGGCGACAGGCAGAAGGAGGCUGAGAUAAAUCUCCUACUAUUUAGUGUAAAUUUAAAGUCAUUACAAUAUCUGAAUAUAAGUAACUUCACGCUAUCUCACAAAAUACUAGAAAUAUUUUUAAAUUUUGUCUGCGGCCAAAAAUCAAUGAAAGAGUUAACAUUGAGGGUGUUAUACUGUAUAGAACAUGGCCGCCAUGAUUGUAACAGAUUGAACUUGGACUUGUCUAAACAUUCAACUCUAUCAAAGUUAGACUUGGAUGGGUUACCUGGGAAUCUAUUAAAUAUAUCAACACCAUCAUUAGUUAAUGUUACGUUGGGGAGCAUCAAUCUCGAUGAAAGUUCAUUGUUACUGUCACGUAACAUGUUGAGUAUUGAACGUGUGGUGUUGGACAAUAUAGAAAUGUCUGCAGGAAGUUUACAGAACUUUAUUAACGUGCUAGAAAAUCUGCCACAGUCAGUUACAGUAGGGAUGUACGCCAUUAAGCCGGAAACAGAAUAUGACCGAGUUAGAGAAAAUAUUCGGAGUUCACAAGCUUUUCAUGUGAUACGAGACGACUUCUACCUUGAGUUCAAAACAAGGAAACCAAAUAAAGAAUAAACAAAGGAAAAACAUUGUAAAUACAGUGAAGAAAUUACUUUUAUUUAAUGAAAUGUCUUCAUACUUGGACAUUACAACCCUUCGGAGUGCCACUUGUUUAUUUGUGUUAGUGAUGUUUCGGUCUCAAUUUUAUUUUUCAUUAUUUCAUAUUUGUCCGCCUCAUAUUAAUAAGAAAGGCAUUUUGAUACCUAUUUACAAAAAAACGUAAAACAUUUAUUCAAGUUGGCAAGAAAUUUUUAAAAUCAUGACGUCACAAUCAUACACGUCAGUAUUCUGUCGCCUAUUAUAACUUACGAUUCAUGGAAAUCAGUUUACGACGGAUAUACCUGUAUGUUAAAUGUUGAACUAGAUACGAAUUGUACAAUUUCGUCAAAAAAUUACAAUUUAUACAAUACAGUAUGUGUUAUUUCUUGUUUCAGUGGCCUUGGAUCAAAAUUUCUGAUUCUUUGUUGUGCAGAAUAUCCCCUGACACUUUACAUGGAGCAUUAUGUGAGGAUAGAUAAAUUUGUAGAAAUGCAUUUGAAAAGUUUCCUCUUGUCUUGCUAAGACUUUUUAAAUAUCUUUAUGAUGGACAGCCUAAUAAACUGUAUAUAAAUUAACAUAGUUAUCCCCCUUAGAAGAAGUGGGAGUAUAUUGCUCUAAGUCAAUUAUUGCAUCACACUUGCCGGUCAGUUGGUUCUUCUUUCCGUCGGUCUGAAGACAAAACCGAUUCUAGUCAAUAACUUAAGACUUCAAACCACUUGCCCCUCACCGCUGUGGGUUCGAAUCCCGACAGGGACUUUGGAUUCUUUCAUGUGAAGAAGCUAUCCAGCUAGCUUACGGAACGUCGUUGGCUCUACUCAGGUGCCCGUUUGUCCCUGAAAUAAUGCACAGAAGGGCACCUGAUGUCUUCCUUCACCAGUAAAGCUGGAACGUCGCCAAAUGACCUUUACUGUGUCGGUGUGAUGUAAAACCCAAUUAAACAAACAAACAAAUUUAUUUCAAGAGUAAAAGAGUAAUUUCUUCUUUGAACUUAUAGAUUUACUUUAAAAAUUACUUGCUCUUAUCAUUUUUGUUACUUAAGGGAUAAUAACUCAGUAGUCGGAUUGUUGCCUUUUAAUCCGUUAGAGCAUAGAAAUGUAUGUUUAACUUUAAUUGACAUGGUAUCAUGCAAAUUAUGUGGUGCAAAUAUAUUGAACAUAUGAGUGCUUUCUUGAUAAUUUGAUAAGUAAUGCAAUUGUAUCAUCUAUGUCAAUCUAGUUAGUCGAGCAUGCUGUCUCCUCUAUAUCAGCUCUUGUUAUUAUCACUGAGCAAUGGAAUAAAUAAAUUAACAAAAUAAAUAAAUUCAAAUAACGACAGUUACGGUCGGUUUAGUUUUACACGUGCCAGUUUUGACGUUUAGUUUUAGGCUUAUUGUGCUAAGUAUUUCUAGACCUUUCACUGAUUAUUGAUUAGGCCAAAGUAUUGAUUUUUUCUAUUCUGUAUCGCUUAUUGAUUGACAGAAAAAUAUAAAUGAUAAAUUAAUAUCUUUUUAUUGGUAAUGAUGUAAUGUACAGGCAUGACCAUACAUUAUUCGGAAGUCAAUUAUGCAUUGACGCCAAUUCAUUUUAUGUCGAAUAAUACAAUAAGUUGCAAAUCACAAAAAUAAAUCGAAUGUGUUUGCAGUUCUAACUUAAAUUGCAACAGUUUUUUGUCAUUUGCAAUACCAGAGGUCAGUGAAUCGACUUGAAUUUUGGCUGGUUCGUUAACUUUAAGUCUGUUGGCGUCAACAUAUUCUAUCCAUGCGUACAUUAUGCAGACCAAGAUCAGCCGGCAUAUAUAUAAGUAUUUUCAAAGUUAUCCCUAUGGUAAAUUGUUCUGUCCAGAUUGAAUGAUUGACAAGUCUAUUAAAGUAAUUUGGAUUGGUUAUCUUGAAAAUUGACAAAAAACAGUAAACAGUUUUAACAGUGUUAGAAUAGGAAAUUCCUGCUACAUAAUGUUAUAAUUAUGACUUAUUGCUUUCCUUUUUUUCUGAAUAUCAGCUAUAAUAAAUCUACAAAGACAAUGAGGACAGUCACAACUGUUCGGCUUUUUAUCCGCCAAUCUCCGGAUGAUUAUAUCAGCGAGAUGUUCUGAAUGACAAAGAUGUUAAAGUUUUUAAUUAAUAAAUACUUCAUUAUUAUGACUUCACACAUCGAAUAAAUUUGUGAUUAACAGCAGCAGAAAAAUACCCCCAAAACAUCGUUAAUUGACAAUACAUUGGAUAGCAUUCUGGUUCCUGGCUUAAUGGAGACAUAAUAGAAAACCUUUGCGUUACACAGUUAUCUCGUAUCCGUUUCGUACAAGUAGAAUUUGAAUCUUAAAGACUAUUACACCAAGACCGUCAAAUAUUUCAGUAUUCCUUCAAAAAAUUUAUGUUAAAAUAAUUUAAUUUAAUUACAUAUAAACCUGUUUCUACAAAUUAAGAAUGACAUUAUACCGGUAUAACAAGAAUUCUUAAAAUAUUUAUCAUUAAAGGCACAUUAUGCUUCAGAAAUGUUAUCAUUUUUUUUCUCCAAAACUUUUUUAUUUUAGUUAUCUUUUUACAGUUUCCCAAAAUUACUUGUUUGCCAUAUACAUAAGCUAUCUUUUUCUGAUUUUGUUAUGUUGGCAGUUGGUAUAAUUAUAGUGAAUUAAUGUUUCGUAUGGAAGUCAAAAUACUACUUUGUUUACAAUUUGCUACCUCUUUACAACCCAUUACUGCAUGUUCAGUGCUAUCUAUUCACUUGUUUAACAUCUAACAUGCUCUUAAACCAUAAUCAAAUCUUUAUUAAACAAGUCCAUGUGAUGGUUAUAUAGCAAACAAAUUUUUAUGUACGACCAUAUAACAUUUCAGAAGUCAUUAUAACCAAAUUAGGAUAUUUCUCACCUGUC